AUGGUUAGUAGGUGGCGAAAAUGGGCAGCUAUCAGCAGGAAACGAAUCCCGGACACAAAAAGCUUCGAGAAGGGCCAUUUUGCGGUUUACACAAGCGAAGGAAAACGGUUUGUGCUUCCAUUGGCCUAUCUCCAUAAUCAUGUCAUGUUAGAAAUCUUUAGAAUGGCUGAAGAGGAAUAUGGAUUGGAUGGGAAUUAUGGGAAUGGUCCAAUUGUGCUUCCCUUUGAUGGUGCCUUUAUGGAAUAUGCUAAUUCUUUGAUAAAAAUAUCAUAA